AUGUCUUCGCCUGCUCCAUCAAGUCCGUUUAUUGCAGGCUCAUUGAAUACCUCUAGGGCGAUGAAUCAGUCUUCACAGCCUCCAUCUAGCAUUGGCGGAAAUAGUUCGCAAUUUGGAGAGAUGGGUGAACCGGCUGAAUUUCCUUCUUCGCAGGCAGGAAUGUUAGGAUCUGGAUCUGGGAUAUUUGAUUCGCAAUUUCAAAUGGAUUCGCAACGUUCACAACAAGUUCAGAAUCGUGGGGAAAUUAUUGAUUCAGAUCCAUAUAGGGACAAUGCUUUUGGCGAUGAGGAUGAGCAUUCAGCUGCUAAUGGGAUUAAAAGAAAGAACUUGAAUGCAAUUAAAAAAGUGGAUGAUGUAACUGGAGAAAAGGUACGGGAAGCCUUUGAACAGUUUUUGGAAGAGUAUUCAAUCAAUUCUGAAGACACUGAGAAUAGCGAUCUAGUUUAUCGGGCACAAUUAGAAUUUAUGAACUAUUAUGAAUUGAGCACUAUGUAUAUCGAUUACAAUCAUUUGGCUGAACGGGAGAAUGGUGCAUUGGCUCUUGCUAUUUCUGAACAAUACUAUAGAUUCUUACCUUAUCUGUUGAAGGGGUUGAAGAGAUUUGCGAGAAAAUAUGCACCAAAGUUGUUAAUGUCGUCUGAUUCGGUGAUAUCACAGUCUCAAUAUGAUCUCGAAUCCCAGUUACCUGAUAAUGCAUCACAACGUCCAAGUAGUGCUCUGGGAUCUCAGCAAGAAGGACAGUCGGGUGCUGCCACUGGGGGUUCUACUACAUCAAAUUUGGAGCAAACCGAGCGUGUUUUCCAAAUCAGUUUUUUCAACCUACCAACUGUUUUCCGUAUUCGUGACAUCAGAGCUCAUAAAAUAGGGUCCUUAAUGACCAUUUCAGGCACUGUGACCCGUACUUCAGAAGUCCGUCCAGAGUUGUUUAAGGCAAGUUUUACAUGUGAUAUGUGUCGUGCAAUUGUGGAUAACGUUGAACAAGUUUUCAAAUACACAGAACCCACAUUUUGUCCUAACCCUUCCUGUGAAAACCAAGCAUUCUGGACAUUAAAUUUGGGGAGAUCCCGGUUUUUGGACUGGCAGCGGGUCAGAAUUCAAGAAAAUGCGAAUGAAAUUCCAACGGGCUCUAUGCCACGAACGAUUGAUAUUAUUUUGAGAGGCGACUGUGUAGAACGAGCAAAACCUGGUGACAGAUGUAGAUUUACCGGCACAGAAAUUGUUGUCCCUGAUGUGACUCAACUAGGACUUGCUGGUGUAAAACCUAGUUCUGCUCCAGAUACGAGGGGCGUUGCCAGAACAAUGGAAGGUUUGAACUCUGGUGUCACUGGAUUGAAAACUCUUGGUGUGCGUGAUUUGACAUACAAAAUUGCAUUCUUAGCAUGCCAUGUUAUGAGUGUUGGUAACUCCAAUAAUCCGUUGAAUGAGCAGCCAAUCCGCGAGUUGGACAUCAGUAUGCUUCAACAGCUGAAGGAUGGUGUUGAUGACACAGAGAGAAACCAAGAGGUAUUUUUGAAUAGCUUAAGCUCAGAUGAAAUUAACGAGUUAAAGGAGAUGGUUAAAGAUGAGAAAAUCUAUGACAAAUUAGUUCGCUCUGUCGCUCCUGCAGUAUUUGGACAUGAGACUGUGAAAAAGGGAAUCUUGCUACAAAUGUUGGGCGGUGUUCAUAAGGCUACUGUAGAGGGGAUUAAACUAAGAGGAGACAUCAAUAUUUGCGUAGUCGGAGACCCUUCCACUUCCAAGUCCCAAUUCUUAAAGUACGUCUGCAGCUUUGCUCCUAGAGCCGUGUAUACUUCGGGUAAGGCGUCAUCAGCAGCAGGUCUCACAGCAGCAGUUGUAAAAGAUGAAGAAGGUGGGGAUUUUACAAUAGAAGCGGGUGCAUUGAUGCUAGCGGACAACGGAAUAUGUUGUAUCGAUGAGUUUGACAAAAUGGAUCUGUCUGAUCAAGUUGCCAUUCACGAGGCUAUGGAACAGCAGACGAUUUCGAUAGCAAAAGCUGGUAUUCAUGCAACUUUAAAUGCUAGAACGUCGAUAUUGGCUGCGGCAAACCCAAUUGGGGGUAGGUAUAACAGGAAACUAACUCUAAGAGGUAACUUAAAUAUGACUGCGCCGAUUAUGUCAAGAUUUGAUCUUUUCUUUGUAAUUUUGGAUGACUGCAACGAAAAGAUUGACACCGAAUUAGCAUCCCAUAUUGUUGAUUUACAUAUGAAACGUGAUGAUGCCAUUGAUCCGCCUUUUACCGUAGACCAACUGCGCAGGUACAUCAAGUAUGCGCGCACGUUCAAGCCUGUCUUAACAAAGGAAGCACGACAUUUCAUGGUAAACAAAUACAAAGAAUUGAGAAAGAAUGACAUUCAAGGCUACAGCAAGUCGAGUUAUCGGAUCACAGUUAGACAACUGGAAUCCAUGAUAAGGCUCAGUGAGGCCAUCGCUAGAGCUAACUGCGUGGAUGAAAUUACUACAAGCUUUGUAGCUGAAGCCUAUGAUUUAUUACGACAGAGUAUAAUCAGAGUUGACGUUGAUGACGUAGAAAUAGACGAUGAUGAAGUCGAAGAUCGAUCUAAGCCAGCCUCUUCAUCACAAACCACAACCGAUGGGCAACAAAGUUCCUCCCAAAUCGAAGGAGAACCCGAUUCUGUCGUCCCUGAAGCCACUGCUACUACCUUAGAAAGACCGUCUCCUUCUAAUCAUAAGAAGAAAGUGAAAACUGCCAUAUCGUACGAGAAAUACGUUGAAAUGACAAAUUUGUUCGUCCACAAGAUUGCAGAUAAUGACAGAGAAGCAGGAUUAGAAAUGACUGCUGUCGAAUUGGUAGACUGGUAUUUGCUUCAAAAAGAAAUGGACUUAAAUACAGAAGCUGAAUAUUGGGCUGAACGUACACUGGCAUUCAAAGUUCUAAAGAGGCUUGUCAAAGACAGAAUACUUAUGGAAUUAAGAGGAAAUACUGAAAAUAUCCCCUUUGAUGUCCCAGAAGAAAUCCUACGAGAAAGGGAGAGAAUAGUCUAUGUGAUUCACCCCAAUUCCUCCGUGAUGGACGAGCUGGUACAGCGCCAACAAGAACAAAAUCAAAGCAGGAGCUAA